AUGAUUUCAGAUAACAGAAGUUCAUCCGCAUCAGAUAUUCUUAGACAGAACUCAGGUAAUGUCCAACUCCAGGACAUUAGAGAACGUUUCAGCAACUACAUCAGGAAUGUGAAAUCCAUGAGAAACCAUCUGAAACAGGCUGAUGGUUUAUCUACAAAAUGUCGUCUUGAGAAUGAAAUCCUUGCCAUUCGCAAUAUGUAUGAACAGGAAGUGCAAACGCUGCGAGAAAAGUUGGAACAAAACUACAAUGGUCAAAUCCAAGAUGGCGUCAGUAGUCACCGAGAGACACUACUGGCUACAGAAUAUCAAAACAGACUGCUGGAGAUGAACACUGACCUUCUGAAAAAGGAUGAAGAGAUAAAUGCUUUGAGCCUUCUGGUGGCGCAGAAGGAAGCCGAUAUACAGACUCUAAAGAUGGCUGCAAUGUCUCCAUCCCUACAGCUUGACCUAGCAAAGCAAGAACUGGAGGGUCUACAACAAAAUAUCCUAAUGGCUCAGCAGAGAUAUGAAGAAGAAUUUUUGAAGCGUUUACAUCUUCAGGAUCAGGUUUUGGAGCUGACCGAUCACAUAAAGGUGCUAAAAGAGAAUCACAUGAAGGAAUUAUAUAACAUGAGGAGCAGGGUUGACCAAUCAGAGACCCUCAUUCUUCAGUUAGAAGACAAAGUGCGAGCAAUGAGCAGGGGAGGUCCAACUCUGAUGGAGACAGUGCAGAAGAUUCAAGAAGCCAGUGAGACAGAAGUGAAGCGACUGCAGACUGAGACAGAGAAUCUAUAUAAUCAUAGUCUUCUAGGAUUACAAAUGCGAGCGAACAAUGACCAACUCAUGUUGGCUCAGGAGCAAGAGGAAAAUCAGCAUUUGCACCAGCGGGUGGAAGAAUUAACUACUGAGGUUGCGUCGCUAGAGAAGAAGCUUCUCUCAGAAGAAAUCAACAACAGAACAUUCAGUGAAAAGCUGCAAGUAGAAAACAUAAAAGGAGCGCAUCAUAUCCGAGCCCUGGAGGCACGACUGGAGGAAGUGCAAGAUCUCCUCUUGGCAAAAAUGAAAGAAUUAAGUACUUAUCAGGACAAGAACACAUCUCUGGGAAAUGAGUUGGAUACCCUGAAACUGAUGUUACAGGAGGAGGAGCUACAGAUGAGUGAUUCGUUCCUGCAGUUGCCAGUAUCUCCUCCAUCUUCACACUCAUUGGUGGAUUCUUUGCAGUCGUCACUAUAUGACCUGGCACCAAACCCGCCUAUGUCUGCCCUAGACAGUUCACCUGGCACGCCAUCUCCUUUGUACACAACUGAUUCAUCCAAUUCCAUCGCACCAGCCAAGUCAUCAGAAACGCACUGGAAAACCUCAGAAAAUGGCACCAAAAUUAACUCAAGUCAAAGUGAAUUGCUACAGAGGCCAAAUUCCGCUCCUCCCUUUACCCUAUACAACAGUCAUUCAGAAGAAAGUCAAGAUUCAUUGGUCACACAUCUAAAGAACAGCAACGAGAGAUUCUCCACUCGCAGCCCAGCGAUAGCAAGCGCUACUGGGGACAUUAAGAUUUCGGAAGUUGACCCCAGUGGGCAUUUUGUGAGGCUCAUGAACACUUCUGAUAAUGAAGAUGAUAUUGGUGGCUUUGUCCUACAGCAGAACAUCUGUGGUCAUCCAGUGUCUCUCUACAGGUUUCCCCCUAAUGUCCGGGUCCUACCAAACUCUGCAGUGACUGUGUGGGCGGCCGAUACAAAUAUGCCACAUAAGCCACCAACAGAUUUCUUGUGGAAGGAGCAGAAGACCUUUGUGACCAAGCCCCAGUGCACGACUAUCCUGUGCAUGACAAAUGGUCAGGCUAUAGCGUGGUAUACUCCUGUGUCUAGCAGUGGAAGAAGAGCAGUACAGAAGUAUGAGGAAUCAGAGCAUAAACAGCCCUCACAAGUGAGUGUACAACGUGAGCCAAAGCAGGAGGAGAGAGAGUCUGCCAGCAGCCUGGAAUCACAGCCCAGGAAAGAAAAGGCCCCUGUGCUGCUCAGACGAGAGAAGUUAGCCCCUGCUAUCAUUUCUUCUAUAGCCAGCCCCUGGACUCAGAGCCCAGCUUCCCCCACACACCCUGACUACUCGCUGAAGAGGUGCCAGGCAAUGGGAAAUGACAGUAGCAGCUCCUGCCGACAGUCCAGGUCACAGACGAGCAAGCCAGAAGCUAAACCAGGCCUCAGGGGUGCUGGAAGCAGAAGUGUCAGGAGUACGAGUCCCGGCCGUGGGAGUAAGAACAGCCGUGGGCCAGUGAGAUCAGCUACGGCCAGGAAAGGAACACUAAAGCUUUUUCUUCCGGGAACAUUCUUUCCUCUCAGUGAGCAGCACCGGGCAGGGCUGCAGAUAUUACAGUCAGUGCAGAACCUAGACUUUCUCCCUCCAAUGCCACCUCCUCCACCUCUGUCAUCCUGGUGACCUGGGACUCUCUCACAGGCCUGUUCUCGAGGAGUCCUGUAUCUUGGUCACUCUGCUCCCAACGGCUCUGUCCUUCAAAAGUUAUUUGCUAGUUCUUCAUACGACAUUAGACUCGCAAGUCAAGUAUCUCUUGCACCGACUCUUUUGUCAAAUUACUAGUUUUGUUCCACAAUAUUAUCAUGUAUUGAUUUGUUAGACUGGGAAACAAAAUCCUCUUCUGCCCUUACAUGUGAAGCAGUUCAAGCAGCUGCUGGGUAUUUCUGCAAGGAGAGACGGUGCAUACAAUACCCCUGGAAUAGCUGUUUAAACAACUAUACACAACAGGAAUUUCACUGGCUUUUCAAGGACAUUUUCACAGAACUUCCCAGAAGAAAAAGAUAUGACACAUAGUAAAAUGUGAUUACUGACUCAGCAUUGUGUAUGAAAAGCUGUUUUUUUACUCACGUAACCAAUCAUAUAUAUCCAUGAAGUGUCCAAUUUAAUAUA